UGUUUUUCUUUCUCUCUCUUUCUCUCGCUCUUGCCUGCUCCACCACACGCUCGAGCUGUAUAGCGCGUGUACACUUUUUCUUCUUUUCCUGCCUUUAUCCAUACCUCCUUCCAAGUAAACCUUUUUAUUUAUCCUUGCUUGUAGCAUAAUAUUAAAAGGCUGGUUUCCGUUUUAAAAGGAACAACCAUUCACUCUUUUUUUUUCUCCUACCACCCCUCUCCACUGCUUAGAAAGAAAAGGCUGUAAGCGAAUAAGAAAGUAACAAAGUCGUCGCAUGUCCAAUCACGAUCAACACCAUUCCACCAGUUAUGGUCAUUCACCUUUAGAACCUGCCCCGCAGUACCCAAUUCCUUCAGCUUCUAAUAACAAUAACAGCAAUACCAACAACAACAACAACAACAACAACACGACAACAUCGUCGUCUUCUACCACAACUGCGCCAGACCAAUCAACACCUUCAGCCUUUUGGCGUAACCCUGUGUACCCUUCAAGUAGUAGUGUUCCUCGCCUUCGCCAGAUUCAACCAACUUCACCUCCAAAUUCCACAAAGGAAGAUCUAUUUAAGCGCUCCGAAGCGACCAUGUUGCCUCCUGGAUAUCCUCCGCCGUUGAACCGACAACCCACCAUGAUGGAACGCCAACAACAACAACAACAACAGUUACAGCAACCUCAACCUCAAUAUGCUUCUUCAUCUUCUGCUGCUGCCGCUGCUGCUGCAGCUGGACCUGGAGGUCGACGAACUAGAAUCACGCGAGCUUGCGAUACGUGCCGGCGCAAGAAGAUCAAAUGUGAUGUCGAUUCUGUAUUCCCCUGUUCCACGUGUCGGCAGUAUGACUGGGAAUGUACCUUCAAUGAUACUGCGAAGAAACGAGGACCGCCUAAAGGCUAUAUCGAAAGUUUGGAAACGCGGUUAAAGAAAAUGGAAAAGCUACUCGAACAAAUGCAAUCGGGCGGCGACUCGGCAGAAGAUGCACACGGACAAAAACGAAAGCGCUCGACGGAUGAAGGCGAUAGCCCGUCUACGGACCCAUCCGAAGAUCAAUCUCAUCAAGGCUCAUUAUCACCUGCACCUACUACUAAUGCUACUGCCUCAGCACAUGACAACACUAACAACGAUGUCGAUACCGCAGACAAGGUGAUGCGCUAUCACGGCAGCUCGUCUGGCUACUACCUAAUGCGUAAUAUGCUUCCAAGCGCACACGGGCAUAAUACAUCAGUGGUAGCGGCAUCACAGCCUCUUGAUGACGAGGGUGAACGAGGCACAGCGUCAACCGAAAACUGUCCUGCUGGCAUCAAGAAAGUGGAUGUGUUUGACGACGAUAUCGUUCUCGUACGCGACUCGGACGACGCGACCCGAGAGGCAACAGAACAGACCGAAGAGCUCGUCCCUCGUAAAGUCAUUGAAACACUAAUUCAUUGUUAUUUUGACAUGCCAAAUACCACCUUGCCGAUUCUGAACAAGGAAGAAUACCUCGACGCUUUUGAAGAGCGCAAAACACCUCCUCCACCUACCCUUCUUACCUACGCAAUUUGUUCGUACGCAUGCUUCUUGAUAAGCUCAGAACAUCCCGCAUUUGCAGAAGCUGGCAUGGGAUGUGAACAAGUCUUCCAUGCACUUGUAGAUCGCGCUGCCCAACUCAUCCGACAUGAUUAUCUGGUCCCAAGAAUUUCAACGAUCAAAGCACUCGUCAUUCUCUGCAGUCUACCUACUUAUUCAACUAGCUCUUACCGAAACUGGAUUCUUGCUGGCAUGGCAGUGCGCAUGGCACAAGACGUUGGAUUGCAUCGCACAGUGAAAACAGACCAAAUGUCCAAAGAGCACGUGGAAGCCCGUAAGCGACUGUGGUAUAGCGUCUACGUAACCGAUCGAUGGUGCUGUGCUGUGAUGGGUCGGCCGCUGGCGAUUUCGGACUCGGAUUGUGAUGUAGAUCUUCCUGAUAUGAAGGGUCCGAACGGCGAAGACUAUGAUAUUUUUGUGAAUUUUGUAAAACUAUCCAGCAUUCUGGGAGAACUAUUACGGCGGAUCUAUUCGCCCAAGGCAAAAGCGGCUGGUUACCGCGGUGCGGUGAUGGAGCAAACCCUGUCCCACUUCCAACGCAUGUUGAUGGAUUGGUUCGAACAGUUACCCGACGAUUGCCGUGUCAUUGAGGAGGAUUUGGCUGCCAUCCAAAAGAACCCAGAUCAAUUCGCUGGAACGAAGAAGCUGGACCAAGGAGGCCCGCUUACAAUUUGCUAUCACUCAGUAACCGUGCUGUUGAAUCGACCCUUUAUUUUGCUUGAAAGCGAAACUGCGGGUGAAGGGGAGACUCUGUACGCUGAUGCAUCCCGCAGAUGCAUGGAAGCGGCUAAGCUAGUUAUCGAUAUUGCGCGAACGAUACCAUCAGCAAGCACAGCACGAUUCGGAUGGAAUUUCUCUGUUUAUUCGGUAUUCCAAGCGACGUUAAUCCAUGUAUACAAUUGCACGAGCAAUAGCCCCGAAAUCGCCAAAAUGUCUCAACAAUAUGCACAUAUCAGUAUGGAAGAAUGUCUGCCUGCAGUGAUGCGAGAUAUUCCGUAUAAGCCGCCAAUCAUUCCGUUCAUCGAGAAAUUGAUUGCCUUACUGGGGGCUGAAUCAUCAAACAAGAAGGAUACUGAUGAAAGACGUGCUGAGUUUGCUGGAGCGAAUGCAUCGGAACAACCGCAGCCAUCAAAUGCUUCACCUAUGAGCUUGCAGCAAAUGAUCUCUGCAGAUCCAAACGUGCCUGCAACAGCAAACGCUGGACCAGCUACCGGUGACCAGUGGGGCAACAAUGCGUAUCCGUCUACUUCUACCCAAGCAACUUGGCAACAAUUGUUUUCAUCUGCAGGAGCUCCGUUCACAGCUGAUUCUUCGACCGGACUUGAUUUGCAAGGUAUCCUUUUCGGUAACCAGCCCAACGAUCCAAACUUCUUUAUGCAGUAAUAUAAUGAACAAAACCCCCAAUGUAAAUAGAGACCUUUGUUGCUUGUCAGCUUCAAUCCAUUCAGUAAUAACGUAAAGUAAACACCUUCCUGCAAGUAGUAAUAGCUCAACCAAGAAUUGCUGUUAUAUGAAUCUAGCAUCUGUGAUGUAUACACAUACUACUGUUGUUUGCAAAUUUGUUUCGGGUUGAUUGCGAAUGGUAUGUAUAUGUGCCUGCUAUACGUAUAUAUAGUGGUUGAGACGGACAGAAGAUGAUGUACAUAUGGUGCACCAUAUCACUACCGAAAAAUUAAUCCUAAAAAGUUCCAG